GAAUUAUUUAUCUUAUCUCUUAUAACUGAGCAUUCUUGCGGACUGACUCACUCCAGGUGUUAGUCUGGUUCAUACAUUCGGUUAAAUCGUUCUCGUUCUGUGCUGCAGAAUAUGAGCGUGUGUCAGGAUACUUACAAUGACUUUGCCAGGGAGCUGUACGAUGUGGCCACCAGGAACGGCGCCAGUCCGAGUUGUAUACCGGGCACCAAUGCAAUUAUCUCGCCCAUUUCGGUGCAAACAUCCCUGAUGCUCGUCUUUGUGGGCGCGGCGGGCAGAACCGAGAAUGAGCUGCGCACGGGUCUGAAGCUGGGACCCGGCGACCGGCAGGAGAUCGCCAAAAGCUAUCACGGCUUCUGGACGCAGCUGUGCAACUACGGCAACAAGAUGACACUGAAAACCGUGAAUCGUCUCUUUGUCAACCACAAGCUGAAAUUGCAGCACGAAUUCAAGGAAUUAGCCGACGAUUACUUUCACUCCCAGCCGGUGGCAUUGAAUUUUGCAGACGCGACCAAAGCCACGCAACAGAUUAACGCCUUCGUGGAGCAGGCGACGGAGAACAAAAUACGGGAUCUGCUGCAGCCGGAUGCGGUGAAUGCCGAAACGAGCGCUAUCCUGAUAAAUGCGCUCUACUUCAAGGGCUUGUUCCAGAAGCCCUUCAUGCCCGAGUCCACAAUGCCCGAUGACUUCUAUCUGGAGCAGAACAAGCGCGUCACCGUGGACAUGAUGUACCAGGAGGAUAAGUUCAAAUACGCCGAGCUGCCGGAGCUAAGUGCCAGAGCCGUCGCCCUGCCCUACGAGGACUCGGACAUUAGCCUGCUCAUUCUGCUGCCCAACAAGAUAUGCGGCCUGCAGGAGCUGGAGCGUCGAAUGGCCAAUCUCAGCCUGGUCAACAUUGACCAGCACAUGCGCACGGAAGACGUGGAGUUGGCUUUGCCCAAGUUCAGCAUUGAGUACGACUUGGAUCUGAAGGAUACGCUACAGCAGCUAGGCAUCUCGGAGCUGUUCGGCGAUACGGCCAAUUUGAGUCGACUCUUCGAGGAGGCAGCUGGACAGAAAAUCUCCGCGGCCAAGCAUCGCGGCUACAUCGAUGUCAACGAGGCGGGCUCCGAGGCAGCCGCGGUCACAUUUCUGAAGGUUGUGCCCAUGAGCCUGAACAUGCAUAAGAAAACGUUCAAGGUGGAUCAUCCGUUCAUGUUCUUCAUACGCAACAGCAGAGCCGUCUUCUUCGCCGGUCGCUUUGUGUCGCCCCAAAAGAAGGAGUUCAUCAUGUCCAGCCCAGCGCCCGCGUGCAGCGAUUCCAUGCGAAUGCAUGUCGAAGAAAUGAGUGUUAACUAGUGUUCACUAGUGCCAACUGGAGUUGUCCAGUGUUGUCUAGUGUUAACUGGAGUUGUCCAGUGUUGUCUAGUGUGUGUGUGUGUGUGUGUGUGUUUGUCUUUCCUUAAUUAGGCAUCUCUAAACUUAAAUGUAUUAAACAACUAUUUUGAUUGAAAUAUCUAUUUAAACUAA